AAUUAAACAAUUCCCUAUUAUUGUUAUAAAUUAUACAGUGUAAUCUAUUUUAUACUUUAUGUAAUUUGAUUUUGCAAUACCAUUAUUGUAUUUUCAAUGUUUUUGUUCACAAUAGCCAGUAGUUAACGUAAUUUAAAGUUCAAUUGCAGUUCGUUGUGUUCGAAGUAUCACGUCGCAAUGUCACGCUGUAUAAUUAUAUAUUUCUGUGUAUUAUGUGCGGUGGUGUCAGUUAACAUGUUCGUUCACAAUUCUGGGCCUAAAUACAAGCCAACUGAAGGGGAAGUCUGGCCACAGCCUCAGGGAGAGAAGAAAAAGUUGGCAUAUUACGCAUUUUCACCAGCGCAGUUUAAAAUUAACGUCACAAACGAAAAAUGCUCGAUCUUAGGCAACGCGAUAAUCAGAUUCAUUGCAGUUUUGAAGGACUUGUUCAGGAUCGCGCGACAAAACCGACGGUAUAAGUACCAGCGCACGCGCGCGGACAAGGGAGGGAAGGACAAACGGUACCAGGGGUUCAUACGCGAACUGCAGCUUAACUUGAAGGAGCCCUGCGAAGACUACCCUCACUUCAAAAUGGAUGAAAGUUACAGUCUCACAGUGGGGUCAACGGCCGUGCUCACCAGCGACUCGAUAUGGGGGAUGCUCCGGGGGUUGGAGACCGCCUCACAGUUGUUCUACUUCACCAGUGACUUUAGCGAAAUCCGGAUAAACGCCACGGAAAUAUUCGACUUCCCUUAUUACUUCCACCGAGGUAUUCUGGUGGACACAUCGCGCCACUACAUCUCUCCUUCCAAUAUCCUGAAGAUGCUGGACGCUAUGGCUAUAAACAAGAUGAACGUAUUCCACUGGCACAUCGUAGACGACCACAGUUUCCCUUAUGAGAGUGAAAUGUUUCCUGAACUGAGCAAAAAGGGCGCGUAUUAUCCCUCCUUGGUGUACAAAAAGUCAGAUAUCAAGACCAUUAUUGAAUAUGCGCGGAAUCGAGGCAUAAGGGUGUUGCCAGAGUUCGAUGUCCCUGGCCACACGCGUUCUUGGGGUGUGUCUCACCCAGAGAUCCUCACUCAGUGCUACAAGAAGAACAAACCAAUAGGCUUGGGUCCACUGCAUCCGUUAAGAAAACGCACCUACAAGAUCUUGCUGCAGCUUUACAGAGAAGUACAAGGACUGUUUCCCGAUCGGUAUUUGCAUAUCGGAGGCGAUGAGGUCAACUUAGACUGCUGGCUUUCAAAUCCAGAGAUACAGAAAUUCAUGGAAGAGAAAAAUGUGUCGAGCAUUUAUGAAGUACAUGCGACGUUUAUGCAUAAAAUUAUCGAGUUACUUGGCAAGAGGUCGACGCCUAUAGUUUGGCAGGAAGUAUACGACAAUGACGUGCCUCUACCAAAAGAUGCCAUCGUUCAAAUUUGGAAAUAUCGAUCCAUACACCAAAUGAUCGAUGCGAUCCAAGAAAACGUCCAAGUGGUGUUCUCAGCUCCAUGGUAUCUGGACUACUUGGAUGUCAGUUUCGCGACGUUGUAUACGUCUGACCCUCGGACUAUAGUUCGUAACAAGGUGAAGGACGAUGUGCUGGAGAACAUCGUCGGUGGAGAAGCUUGCAUGUGGUCGGAGAAGGUGGACGACAGGAAUCUGUUUAGCAGGGUAUGGCCCCGAGCAUGCGCAGUGGCGGAAGUGCUAUGGAGCGUGACGAGCGGGAACAUGCCGGCACGCACGCUGCGCCGCGUGGAGGAGCACGCGUGCCGGAUGAUUCGUCGCGGCAUCCCCGCUGAGCCGCCCAGCGGACCCGGCUUCUGCGUCACAUAGACUAGCUUGCGCU